CGAUGGCGGAGCCGAGGCGGGGAGCGGAGCCGCUGUGGCGGACACCGCCGGGCCGCCUGGCCCCGCCGCACAUCUACCGCAUGGCCGGGGCGCUGGGGGCCGAGCUGCGCCGCCUGUCCGGCCGCUUCGGGCCCGACGCCGUGGCCGGGCUGGUGCCGCCCGUCGUGCGGCUGCUGGAGCUGCUGGAGGCGCUGGUGGCCCCGGCCGGAGCCGAGGGGGGGGCGGUGGCAGCGGCGACCGGGCGGCAGGACGCGGAGGACCCGGAGCAGCAACUGUGGGAGGCCGAGCGCCGGGAGCGAGCCCUGCACAGCCGCCUGGCCCGGCUGGAGGAGCAGAACCGGCAGCUCCUGGGGCAGCUUGCGGAGAGCCAGUCCCAGGAAGAUAACACGGCACGGAAGGAGCGGGAGGUGAUGCUGCGGCUGAAGGAGGUGGUGGACAAGCAGAGGGAUGAGCUGCGUGCCCAGGCCCAUGAGAUCGUCUGCAAGAGCCGAGACACGGAGGCGCUGCAGGAGCAACUGCAUCGUUUCAUGGCCAUGAACGAGGACCUGCGUCACAAGGUGGCCGUGGUGCAGGCUCAGCUCAAGAGUGCGCUGGAGAGGAAGGCGGAUCUGGAGGCCAUGGUGCUGCAAACCCAGAGGGAAAUGAGCAGGAGGAGCAGGACCUCCUCUGAGAUCCAGCAGCCAAAGCCCAGCCUGGAAGGAGCUCCAUCGCCCACAGAGGAGCCACAACAGCAGGACACGGACAGGAGCCCUGCUCACUGCUGCUUCUCCAGGGAAGAGCUGCAGCAGAUCCUGCAAGAGCGAAACGAGCUCAAGACCAACCUGUUCCUGGUGCAGGAGGAGUUGGCCUAUUACCAGCGGUUGACCAGCUGGCUGCUUUUUGCCAGGGAGCUGCUGAAUGAAGAGAGAGUUCCCAGCUUCUUCUUGGAUGCGAUGAAGUCGACUAUCAAAAGACAGAGAAAAAAAAUCAGAGCCAAAAUGCUGGGAACAGCAGAGGAGUCGGCGAGCAGGUUUUUCCUCUGCUCCUUUGUGCUGCAGCGACGAAGAGGAGGGCUCCUGGCUCCCAGCUCGUGGCACAGACUGUGUGGAUGGUCAGCCUCCUGAAUCCAAAAUUAGAAGCUUUUUUGGGCUGUGGUAUCAGGACAGCAGCAAAGAUCCCCCCACAUCCAGCUGCUCCGGAGCCUGGGAAAUCAUUGACUCACUGGACACGCAGCUGGAGCCAGAGGGAGUGAAUGAACCAGUGGACAACUCCCCCGACAGAGCCACACCAACCCUCUGACCCCACCUGAAUGGCAGCCAGAUCUGGCCUCACAGCAGUGUUCCCCAGCUCCUUUUCUCCCGGCAUCCUCGAGAGCAGCACGGAGCCCUGGCUGCUGCUGCCGCUGUGGUGACGGUGAAGCCGCAGCAUGGGCAGCUUCCUCCAGACCUGCUGGGACGCUCAGCCAUGGGGUGCCAGCCUGGCACGGACAGCUCGGCAGCUCCAGGCAUCUCUUUCAUUGUGCCCAUGGCUCAACUAUGGGGGUCCUGCAAAGCCGUGGCCCUGCUCCCCACUUCUCCGGGCUGUUCAGCACAGGGGGGGUCUGUACCCACUUCCUGCACCCCAAAGGGCUCUUCCCCUCUGCUGGUGGCUCUUUCCACCCAGCACCUCUGCCCAGGAUCCGAUUGUGCAAUCCUGCCUUCCAGGGGUAUUUUGCUUCACUCAAAUCCACUUGUGCCCUCCCCUGUCUCUGCCAUGCGGAGGUGACGUUGGGGUGCCCGGGGCUGGCCAGGCGCUGUCCCGGGACACUGAGCACUCUGCACUGGGUGUUUGGGACCAGUCGGGAUCAGCACCGCCAGUGCCACUCCUGCACUUUUCAGGCGUGGGGUGAAUUGGUUUUAUAAUGGGACUUCUUUCUGCCGCUACUGGGAACUCUCAGACUGGAAUAAUCUUCCUGGGGGUGAGUCAGCCCUCUUGGGUCAGGCACUUUCUUGCUCUAGAACUGGAAUCAGAAAUAAAUCAAUCUCAUUUCUCCUCCCA